ACCGUGUCCGAGAAACGGUGGUCACAGUGAUGAGGGAUAUUCAAAUUUAGACGGCACCCUAGUGAUCGAUGUUAGUAAGAUGAUAGAAAUCAGUGUUAACGAAGUUGAACAGACAGCAACGGUGGAUGCUGGUAUACGCCUUGGACCUUUAUACAUAGAGCUUGCACGAAAAAACUUCGCCAUAGUCUCGGGUUACAGUCCAACGGUGGGAUUAUCGGGAAUCAUUGCGGCUGGUGGAUUUGGCAUGCAAUCGCGAAAAUACGGCGUCACGGGUGACUUUGUGCUCGAAGCUCAAGUGGUUUUGGCUAACGGCAGUCUUGUGAUCGCAAAUUCAAACAUAAAUUCGGACCUAUUUUGGGCUUUAAGGGGAGGUGGUGGGGCUGCCUAUGGUAUAGUGACACAGUGGAAAUUAAAACUGAUUCCCGGAUGGUCGUCAAAUACAUUAUUCACAAUAGAUUACAAUAUUUCUACUGUAAGUCAAAUCCUUGGAAAAUUUACACUUUGGGGUCAUAAAUCUUCCGAGAACAUGUCGUGUACACUUUGGAUGACAAAGGACACCCUAAAAAUAAGCGGGCAUUAUUUAGGUGAUAUAGCCCUUGCGCAUGAGAUUCUGGAUGAAGCCAAGUUAUCGCCGAAUGACGAUGAAUGUGUUAAAAUGAUGAUGUGUGAUCACCUUGGUUCUCGCGCUUAUUUCCUUGAUCCGGAUAGAACAUGCAAAAAAAUCAAUCUACUCAAUAUUGGUACUUCACCUUUUGGACCGAAUCCCUUUGAUCCGAAAACAAACACGACAACAAAAAUUAAUUCAACAGGGAACUUUGUUACCCAAGAUGUCCUACCAGACUAUUCAGCUGGACCAGUACAAGAAAGAGAACUUGUGAAAACAAAAUCUAU